CGGCCACGUGACGCGGUGGCAAGAUGGCGGCGCCCGCGGGGCGGUGUGCGCGGAGCUGAGGCUGAGCGGGGCCUUGUCUGUCGCCCACAGGUCUCUGUCGCCGACAUGUCGCGGCUUAUCGUGAAGAACCUACCUAACGGGAUGAAGGAGGAUCGUUUCAGGAAGCUGUUUGCAGCCUUUGGCUCCCUGACUGACUGCUGCUUGAAGUUCACCAAGGAGGGAAGGUUCCGGAAGUUUGGCUUCAUCGGCUACAAGUCUGAGGCUGAAGCUCAGGCAGCACUGAACCAUUUCCACAGGAGCUUCAUAGACACCUCCAGAGUUACAGUUGAGUUAUGCAAGUCUCUCGGGGACCCUUCCAAGCCCAAAGCAUGGAGCAAGCACUCUCAGAAGAUCCCUGCUCCUGAGAAACAGACUGAGAAGCCUGGGGCAAGCACAGCUCCUGCAGGCACAAAGAAAGGUAAAAAGAAGAAAGAUCCAACAGAAAACUUAAAGGAGCUGGAAGAAGAUGAAACAUUCCAGGAGUUCUUGAAGGUUCACCAGAAGAGGUCUCAAGUGGCCACUUGGGCUAAUGACACUUUGGCAGAGGAGCCCAAGAAGGGAAAAUUAAAGGCAGCAGCUGAUUAUCUCAACUUUGAUUCAGAUGAAUCUGAGGAGCUGAGUGAGGAGGAGGAGGAUGGGGAUGAAGAUGAGGAGGAAGGUAAAGCAAAGAAGGGACCAAAAAAGGCAGCUGCCAGCAAAGACCUCUCAGAUAUGGAUUAUCUGAAAUCUAAAGUGGUGAAGGACUCUUCCUCUUCAUCCAGCACAGAGGAAGAAACAGAGAGUGAGGAGGUGGAAGAGGAAAGUGAGAGUGAGGAGGACUCAGGCAUUGCAGAGACCACUGGCACCCACACAGAUAAAAAGGGGAGGCCAAGAGCCCAACAGACACAUCAAGAAACAGCAGUGGAGAAGAAGAAAAAAGGAUCCACACUAGAGAGCCAGGACAGCUCAGCAGAAGGCAGCACACCAUACACAGUGAGGCUCCGUGGUGCCCCCUUGCACAUCACUGAGCAAAAGAUCCGUGAAUUCCUCUUUCCCCUGAAGCCAGUGGCAAUCAGGAUAGGAAAAGGCAGCCAGGGGAGAAAGAGAGGUUGUGUCUUUGUUGACUUGAAGAGUGAAGCAGAAGUGAAAAGGGCCUUGAAACGAAAAAAAGAAUACUUGGGUGGGCACUGCAUUGAGGUGUUGCCAUGCAGGGAUGUCCCAAAGGAGACACUGCCAGCAAAACCUGAAAAGCAGCCAUGGCAAAGAAGGAAGAGGGAUGAUGAGGAAGAAGAGGAUUUGUCUGAAUCAGGAAGGCUCUUUGUCAGGAAUCUUCCUUUCACCAGCACUGAGGAGGACUUGGAGAAGAUCUUCUCCAAGUAUGGACCCCUCUCCGAGAUCCAUUUCCCUGUAGACAGACUGACCAAGAAGCCCAAGGGAUUUGCUUUCAUCACCUACAUGAUUCCAGAGCAUGCAGUGAAGGCCUACACAGAACUGGAUGGGCAGGUGUUCCAGGGCAGGAUGUUGCAUCUUUUACCAUCCACAAUCAGAAAGGAAAAAAUCAAAGACCCGGAUGCAGAAGAUUCUUCCUCCUACAAAAAGCAGAAAGAGGCCAAGGACAAAGGCAGCAGUGGCAGCUCUCACAACUGGAACACGUUGUUUGUGGGGACAAACGCCGUGGCUGAUGCCAUUGCUCAGAAGUACAAUGCUUCCAAAAGCCAAGUGCUGGAUCCUGAGAGUAAGGACAGUGUGGCAGUGAGGAUUGCUCUGGGAGAAACUGAGCUGGUCCAGGAAAUUCGCCAGUUCCUCCUUGAGAAUGGAGUCAGCCUGGAUUCCUUCAGCCAGGCUGCUGGGGAGAGGAGUAAAACAGUGAUCCUGGUGAAGAACCUCCCUGCCAGCACCAGCCUGGCAGAGCUGGAGAGCAUCUUCAGCAGACAUGGCAGCCUGGGCAGGGUGCUGCUGCCCAAGGGAGGCAUCACAGCCCUGGUGGAGUUCCUGGAGCCAGCAGAGGCCAAGCAGGCAUUCACCAAGCUGGCCUACUCCAAGUUUCAUUCCGUGCCUUUGUACCUGGAAUGGGCUCCAAUGGGUGUCUUCAUCAGCCCAGCCCCUCAGAAAAAACACCCUGAGGCUCCAGAAAAGGGUGGCAAAGCAAGGCCUGCACUUGAUGAGGACACUGACACAGCUGUAAAGGACUUGGAGGAAAAAUCAGCACAGGAAGAAGAGAAGGAAGAGGAGGAGGAGGAGGAGGAAGAGGAAGAAGAAGAAAGCAUUCCUGGCUGUACCUUGUUUGUGAAAAACCUGAACUUUGCCACCACAGAAGACACACUGAGGGAGAGAUUCUCCAAAGUGGGAGCUGUGAAGAGCUGCACAAUAUCCAAGAAGAAAGACAAAGCAGGCACUUUGCUCUCAAUGGGCUUUGGAUUUGUGGAGUACAAGAAGCCAGAGAGUGCCCAGAAAGCCCUGCGCCAGCUCCAGGGCUGCUCUGUAGAUGGCCAUAAGCUGGAAGUGAAAAUCUCAGAGAGAGCUAUCAGACCUGCUGUGAAAUCCUCCAGAAAGAAACAAACAGCCAAAAAGCAGAGGACUUCCAAGAUCUUGGUCCGAAACAUCCCCUUCCAGGCCACUGCCAGGGAAGUCAGGGAACUCUUCAGCACCUUUGGAGAGCUGAAGACCAUCCGGCUGCCCAAGAAAAUGGGAGGAACGGGAUCCCACCGGGGCUUCGGGUUUGUGGAUUUCCUCACCAAGCAGGAUGCCAAGAAAGCCUUCAAUGCCCUGUGCCACAGCACACACCUGUACGGCCGGAGGCUGGUCCUGGAGUGGGCAGACACAGAGGAGACAGUGGAGGCCCUGAGAAGGAAAACAGCAGAGCAUUUCCAUGAUUCCCCGAAGAAGAGAAAACGCUCGGAGGUUUUGAGUGAAAUCCUGGAGCAUCUGGAUGAGGAGGAGAACAACAAAGAGGAGGAGGCUAUCUAGCAGCUGCCAGCCAUCAGCAAGGUCUCUUUGCUGAUGGAUGGAGGAGAAGCCACUGCUGGGGACUCAGCAGCCAGCACACUUGUUGCCAGCAGAGUCCCCUCAUCCCAUGGAGCCCAGGCCUGAUGGAUGCCACCCAAAUUCCCAACCUUCCCAACCAGACCUGGAGUUGGGAGCAGCAGGAAGAGCCCCUGGCUGCCAGCAGCUUCUGCCUGAGGAGUUCUUCAUAAAUCCAGGCAGGGAAUCAUCCCCACAUCUCCAAAACCACCCAGCCUGGUGGCACAGACACCCAGAGGGAUGGACACAGCCCCUGCUGAGCCCGGGGCCUUCAGCAGAACCUGCUCUUCAUGGCUGGAUGAAGGGAUAAUUUCUGUACCUUAAAAACCCACAUGUAUAUUUGGAGAUUUAUUUUUUUUUUCCAAACCGAGUCACAAUCUCUGGUUUGUUUGGAUUUGUUUGUUUAAUACCUCUUUUCCCCCAGCCUAGGUAGUUCCCCUGCUCUGAUAGGGAGAUAAGCAGGUUUUAGGAGGGAGGCCUGGGGUUUGCUGCGUGGGGCUUUGUGCCUCUGUCAUUCCUGUCCCUGCUCCCAGGCAGUCGCCUCCCAUCUCUCCCUUCCCAGGCUUUCAAAAGGAAAGAGGCUUUGCUUUUCAGCCAGGGGACUGCUUUACAUAUGUAGGCAGCUGAUAAAGUAUUUUCACUUCGCCCCUUUCCCCUCUGGGAAUCGCUGUCUUACGGCAAAAAUGUUUUGUCUGACAAGGGCUGCAACAGAUUACACGUGUUGGCUGCAAACACGGGGCCUUUUUUUUU